AUGUCUGACAAGUAUAAGCAACAUACAUCUUCUUCCGGUAGUAGUAGUAAUUCAUCUUCUCCGCAUGAACACCAUCACCGUGCUACAACUGAUGAAUUACUUUCGAAUUCAAUAGACGAAACAUCAUCCAUACAACAUCAAAGACUUUCCUCAAUAAUGAACGAAGAACAGCACGAUAGGAAUACAAUAGUAGGCGAUUCGUCUAAAGUUUCUAACAAGUCAGAAGAUUUAUUUCUUCAUCAGCAUCAUGUUUCUCGACCUGAAAGUAAUCCUCCUAAACGAAAUCAAAUUACUCCUCUUAAUCUAGGUGCCAUGAGUUCUAGUGCGAGUAAACCAAGUUUAGUUUCGGUUCGAACUCAAAAAACACUCAACACCAACUUUCUUCUAAAACAAGGUUCAACAAUGAAUUCAUUGAGAAGUUCUAAGGAAAUUAGUUUAUUGCAAAAGGAGAAAUCAGUUAGUUCACUAAGUACUUAUUCGAAACAAGCUGAGGAAAAUGAUAUGAAGGGAGAUUAUUUGACAACACUUGAGGAAGGAACAAUGGAUACAGGGUCUAGGUCUUCAUAUGAAAAGAAUAUGAUGGGAGUUUCUUCCAGUAUUUCUUCUAACAUUUCGUAUAGUGUUGUCUCGAAAAAGGAAGCAAGAAAGUGGACUUUAUCAAAAAUAUUGGCAAAGAUUCCACUUUCUAUCAAAUUACUUCUGAUUUUUAUCUUUUCUUUAGCUUGUAUGAUAGUAUUUGAAGGAAUUUUAAUUAAUUAUUCAGUUUUGAGAGUGAAAGAAUCUGAUGCCAACACUCUUCUUACCAUAUUCACAACUGGUAUUUCGGAUAUUAUUCAUGAAAUUCAAAAAGAAAGAGGUUCUUCUUCUUUAUAUUUAGGUUCGAAAGGUACCUCAUUUACUACUGAGCUUGAUUUACAACGAAAUGCAACAGAUUUACAAUUACUGAAUUGGAAUGCGACAAAAAAGGGGAUUAUUGAUUAUUUUACCUAUGCAAAAGACGAAACAAUUGCCAAACAAAAAGUUGAACCAACUCUCGAUAUGAUUGAUGCAUCGUUUCAUAUACUCUCUGCUCAUCGUUACAAUAUUUCAACAUUGAAAUUUCCAGUGGCGAAGGUAGCUCUCGAUUUCUAUACUACCAUCAUUAAGAAUAUGAUUGAUAUUGUAAAUGUGGCGACAAGUUUAGGUAGAGAUCCAGAUUUUCUUAUCAAAUCGAAUAUUUAUUCACUCCUAAUGGUCAUGAAGGAAAGUUUGGGUCAGAAGAGAGCUACUGUGAGUAAUGGAUUAGCUGCUGGUGCCUUUACCAAUGAUUUCUAUGUCAGUUACUUGUAUUUGAGAUCAAGAUUUGAUACCAUGUUCACAAUCAUUGAUGCCAAAUCUAGAAAUGUUGGAUCUUUCAAAUAUUUUGAGCAACUUUCAUUGAGUGUGAAUAAUGCGACCGUUACAAACAUGAUGGAAUCAUACAUAUUGGCCUCUCCUUUCAAUUUGACCUAUGCCAAGACAAUUUUUACAGCUCAAAAUUGGUUCUGGAAUAUUACACAAAAAAUCGAUGAAUUGAAAACUAUUGAGAAUAUGAUUAGGGAUGAUAUUUUGUUGGAUCAGAAUGAAUCAGAGGGGCUUGCUAUUAAGGAAUUGAUAGGAUAUACAGUGGGUGGAAUUAUGGGAAUUUUCCUUUCAUCAAUUAUGUCGUUAAUCUUUUCGAGGACCAUUCAGGACUUGUUAAGAUUGCACAAUGAGACAGUUCACAAAUUUGUUCCAAAGGAAUUCAUGUCGAUUGUUCAGAAGGAGAGUGUAAUGGACCUUACGCACGGAGAUUACUUUGAAAUGGAAUUGGAUGUGUUGUUUGCUGACAUUAGAGGUUAUACAAGUAUUUGUGAAAAGAUGACACCAGAUGAGACUUUUGAAUUUUUGAAUAAUUAUCUGUCAUUGGUUGGACCAGUUGUGAGAGAACAUGGUGGAUAUAUUGACAAGUAUUUGGGUGAUGGUAUUUUGGCAUUGUUUUUAACUCCUGGUCAAUCUGUUUUGGCAGCAAUGGAAAUACAAAGAAGAUUAUUAGAAUUCAAUAAGAGUAAGAAAUAUCCAACAGUUAGAGUUGGAAUUGGAAUUGCAAGAGGUAAAUGUGCAGUUGGAUUGAUUGGUGAAGAUCAAAGAGUUGAUCCAACCAUUAUUGGAGAUACUGUCAAUUUGGCAGCUCGUUUGGAAUCUUUGACUAAACAUUACAGAGUUGACAUUCUCGUUACGAAGGAAGUAAUUGAAACAUCUCCACUUCUUCCAAAGAGGAAUCAAAGAAAAAUAGGCCGCUUAGCAGUUGUUGGAAGACAACAAGCAAGUUGGGUAUUUGAAAUUCUCACAAGAACACCUUCAACAGUUUCGAAUAACUCGCACGAAUUGAAAGCCAAAAACAAGACCAACUUUGAAGAUGCAAUCGAGAUAAUGUUUGGAAGUUACUCUCAUGGUGAAUGCGUUCCAGAUAAGCUUACAAUUGAUGGACAGAAACACACUUUUGGGGUGGUGGAUUCCAUGAACAUGAGCUCAACUAUGAAUAAUCUUAAAAGUGAAGAUGUGGUGAAGGCGAUUGAGUUAUUUGGAAAGGUUGUGAGCAGAGAUCCGACUGAUUUCGUGGCGAAUAUGAGAUUGGAAAAACUCAGAGAAAUGGUGGACGAUGUUAGUAUGCGAAGCUCAUGGGCUUUUGAAGAUCGAUUGGACACUAAAUAGUAAAUAAAGGCAGAAUGAAACCUUAAUCC